CAUAUUUUAUUAUAUUCAUUGUGAUAAAAGUUGUUGAGAUAAAUAGAAUUCAAAAAAUGGCAUCAUUAAGCGGACAAACGUAUCAAGAGGAACUACUUCCGAUGGUAGAAGAGCCAAUUUAUUAUAAUCAACGAGGUGAAAUUGCUACAUUUUUUUCGGGAAAGAAAAUUUUUAUAACAGGAGGCUUAGGAUUUAUAGGACGGCUUAUAAUGGAAAAACUUUUAAGAUGUUGUCCAGAAAUAACAACGAUUUAUUUGCUGGUAAGGGCAAAGAAACAGAAGGAUCCGCAGACUCGAUUUAAAGAGUAUUUCAAUGAUGUUAUUUUUAAUAGAUUGAAGAGAGAGCAAAAAGAUGUUGAAAAGAAAAUUAUUUUGAUUGAAGGAGACACGAGUCUAUUAAAUUUAGGAUUGUCAGAGAAGGACCGCGAUCGCAUUAAAGAUACCGAUGUAAUUUUUCACAGUGCAGCAUCGGUACGAUUUCUGGACAAUAUUCGUAUUAUAGUUAAUACAAAUAUUAGAGGAACAAGGGAUCUUCUUUUGCUUGCACAAGAGAUGACAAGCUUAAAGGCCUUUGUUUAUGUUUCAACGGCUUACUCGCACUGUGUAUACAAUAAAAUCGAAGAAAAUCUCUAUGAGCCUCCUAUGAAAACAGAAGAUAUAAUUAGAUUGACAGAGAUUCUAACCGAAAACCAGUUAGAUUUAAUCACCCCAAAGCUACUAGGUAAGUGGCCUAACACUUACGCAUUUUCAAAGGCAAUCUGUGAAGAUACAGUACGGCAAUAUUCUAAUGGAAUUCCAUCUUGCAUUGUUCGGCCAUCUGUUGUUGUAUGCACAGAAAAGGAACCAAUUGCUGGCUGGAUAAACAAUUUGAAUGGAAUUACAGGUGUUGUUUUUGGUUCCUCGAAAGGUAUUUUACGAACACUGUAUUGUGAUAAAGACUUAACUAUCGAUAUGAUUCCUGCUGAUUACGUUGUCAACAACAUUAUUGCUGCAGCAUGGGAUGUUGCACAAAAACGAUCUAUAUCACAGAGUGUUAAUCUUUCCAGCAGUGAUAAUAAGUACUUACCUGUUGACGAUGAGAUUCCAAUUUAUAAUUCUGUUUCCUCCGUUCAAAGACCAAUUACGUUUGAUACUAUGAUGAAUAAUUUAAAGCUUGAGGGAUUUCAAGUCCCGUCGAAAAAAGUGCUUUGUGGAAGAAAGCCAAUACUGCUAAAUGUCUACAGAAAAAUAGAGAAGUUUAAACAUGUAAUGAGUUUCUUUUCAAUGAAUGAAUGGGAAUUUACAAACGAUAAUGUCUUGAAGUUAUGGGACAAAUUAUCUAUUUUUGAUAAAAGUAACUUCUUCUUUAAUGUUGCUGAUAUUGAUUGGAAGUGUUUUUUUAUUACUUACAUCAGGGGAUUGCGAGUAUUUUUAGGUAAAGACCCAAUGGAUACGGUUGAAGAAUCGAGACCUUUUUAUAGAAGGUUGACAAUAGCUCAUUAUACAUCAUCGGGGCGCGGAGGCAGACGCGCCGAGAUCACGCCAAUCGAAACCUCAGGUCACAAUCACGCCACAUGCUUCGGCCAAUCAGGUGCUGCCACUUCCUGGACCGGCUACGUGGCCGGACAGAUGUUGCCACCACCGGAUGCGCGCACUCCCGGCGGCUGCUAG